AAUUUAUGGAUAUAAAUAGGCAAUCACCCAUUGAAUUGUUUCACAAAUCUAAAGAACUCAAUGGUGCAUUUGGAAUUUCAGAUUCAAGCAGGGAUCUUUUUCUGGAACUUCUCCAAGAUUCCAACUCUUUAUUUGCAAAGCAUCUUCAAGAUCUGAAACAUGCACAGUUAUCUCAUCAAAGUAAGAUCACAAUACUAAAACCAUCUAAAUGCAGGACUGAGAAUGGGAGGAAUAAAAUUGGUUACAGGUCAUCCAGAACAGAAAAAAGUAACAAUAGGUUUACUUAUAUGCAUCAGGAAAUCACAGGCUCUUGUAAGACACAUGAAGCAAGACCUAAAAAAUGCCACGUUGAAGAAGACACGGGUUCUCUUCCAUAUAAUCCAUUUGCACCACAGAGGGGCAGAUCCAAACCUGCUGUUCAUCCUGCUCAUAUUGUUAUCUUGAAACCAAUCCUGGAGAAAGCACAAAAGGUACCAGACGCUAAUUUUUUAGACCACGAUAACCUCUGGUUUGAUUCCAAAAAAGACAAAAAAAUUGCAGCAUCUAGAGCUCAGGAGUUCUGUGACAAGGAAGAAACUGGUCACAUGGUAAAUGAUGCAGAAGAAAACUACAGAAGGAUCACUAGAAAGAUGAGGCACAGCAGGAGUAGACUUAGCAAAUUGGAUUUUAGCCCUCCAGUUGCUGAGUACACUGGAGAUGGGGACUCAUUGACGAUGCUAGGCAUCACAAAGCUUCCUGAUUCUGCAGACCCUUGUGGGAAUUGGAGAACUAGAUUAAGCUCAUUAUCUAUGGCUUCAACUAAAUAUUGUGUGGGCAUGGAGGAUCCAAACCACCACUAUUUGGAGAGAGGGAAUGUGACCCAACAAUUUCAGAACUUGGGGCUUAUUUCUCGAUGCUCAAGCACGCAUGGUGAAGUUCUUGAACUAUCUGAGAAAGAGACUCCAAGGUUUUCUGCAGAUUUUUUACAUAGUGAAAAUAUAUCAUUGGAAACUUUAUCUAGAGAUGAAAUUCUUCGUAGCUGGAGCUUUCAAUUGGGUAUUAGCAGAGAAGAUUCCCCAAGAUAUGGGAGCUCCAUAUUUUCUCCAAGAUCCAAUUCACUUCCAGCUUCAUGUAGUCCAAAAUAUGAAGACAGAAAAAGCGUUGGUAGUAGCACCGCUGAAUUACCAACAGCUAAACAAUCCGAACAUCAAAACUACAACUAUCAACUGGCUGGCUAUGUUGCAGAGGAAAAUAUGGCAUCUGAACGGGAGAUCCAUGUCAACUCAGGACUUAGAAAGAGAAUUCAUGCAAAAGAUCUUGUCACCAAGACUAACUUAAAUACUGCAAUUACUAAUCAUGCCAUCACCAAGAGAUAUCAGCUAAAUGAUAGUACUUUCAUUUCUAUACCUGGAGAUGAGGUAUGGCAUUUGACUACUCAGGAGGAGCACGCAAUGAAGUCUGCAUUUCAUGUUCCACUAGACAAUGGAUAUGGUUAUGUUAAGGAUAUAAUACUUCAGGAAAAACCAAGUGGUCAUCCUCAUGGGAAAUCGCUUCCAUCUGACUCAAAUGUUGCAAAAUCACAACCUCUAAGCUCCAACGACCUUGAACAGCCUAGUCCAGUCUCAGUUCUAGAGACUCCAUUGGAAGAUGAAACUUAUAGCUCAGGUUGCUUUCACAGAUUAAGUGCAGAUCUUAAAGAACUCCGAAUUCAACUUCAACGUCUAAAAAUGGACUCAGGCGCUACAUGUGCAGAGGAAAGUCAGGUUCUUGUGCUGAGUGAUGAAGAUUGUGCAGCAGGCGAUUGUGAACUUCUACCUCUAGGGGAUUUACAUGAAGUAAGAUUCAAAGAUGUUGAUGAUAGAGACUUCACAUACCUAGUUGACAUACUUUUGGAGACAGGUAUUCAAAGUGUCCAUGAUGACAAACUCAUAAAAGAGUGCUGCUGUCUCGGAUUUGCUUUUGACCAAUGUGUUUUCGAUAAGCUCGAGAAGAGUUACGAUGGAAUUUCUUCAUGGUCAAGAUCAGAACGCAAAUUGCUGUUUGAUGUCGUAAGUUGUAAUCUAGUGGGUUUAGUUACUAGUUCAUACUCAGAUGUUUGCCCUGGGAUGCCCACAUCAAAGCUAUGCCUGCCAACAUAUAACAGUGAAAGUCUUGUUGAAACACUAUGGCAAAUUGUGGUGAAGCAAAGGAAAGAGAUACAAUGCAGUCAGGAAAAGAUGAUCCUCGAGCCAGGAUGGCUUGGCUGGAAAGUUGAUGUCAAUGUCGUCGGGAUAGAAAUGGAGAGGUUGCUGAAUGCUGAUCUGUUGGAGGAACUUGUCAGUGAGCUUCUCUUAUGACAAUUUGGUGCUGGAGGUUUCAUUUUCAUCGAGCUAGCUACUUAUGUGCAGGUUCUACACUAAUCAACAAUCCAUCCUAGUUACCUCUCUAAUUUACCAGCAAAUGCUAAAUGUUUAGGAGCAAUGUCUAGAAAAUCUAGUCUGUAAUUUUGGUCUCAUGGCCUCAAAAUAGAUCUGCUAUCUCCACCUGUUUGAGCAAUAAAAUUUAACUUCAU